UACGUCCGCUAGUAGCGAACGGUAGCGAAGUUAUGAUGUGGUGGGCCUGAAGUUAUGGGCGUUAUAAGAGUGAUCCGUAAUUUAUUCAGUGCAUGUUUUAACAUAAAUGUGUGUUGGUUUUGGGGUUCUGCUGGUAAAGAAAAUGUGAACAUGUAACAUGGGGAAAUCGUCACGGGACAAACGUGAUGUAUUUUACCGACUUGCGAAAGAGGGUAAUUUCAGGGCAAGAAGUGCAUAUAAAUUAAUACAGAUUGAUGAAGAAUUCGAUUUGUUUACUGGGGUAUUUCAUGUGGUAGAUUUGUGUGCUGCUCCAGGAAGCUGGAGUCAAGUUGUGUCCCAGAGAUUAGCAUCAGACAAAAAUGAGGGUGAGAGAGCUGUGAAAAUAGUGGCUGUGGAUUUACAAGCAAUGGCUCCUCUGCCAGGUGUAGUGCAGAUUCAAGGUGAUAUCACCAAGAAGGGAACUGCUGAGGCCAUUAUAGAACAUUUUGAAGGGAAGUCUGCACAUCUUGUUUUGUGUGAUGGAGCACCUGAUGUUACAGGACUGCCCGACUUCGAUGAAUAUGUACAAGCACAGUUACUGCUGGCUGCUUUCAAUAUUGCAACAAAUGUUCUGGUUCCAGAGGGCACAUUCCUAGCAAAGUUAUUCUGUGGCAAGGAUGUCCUAGUCCUUUUAUCUCACCUUCAGAAGUUCUUCAAAGAAGUUGUUAUUGCUAAGCCACGCACUUCACGCAAUUCAAGCAUAGAAUCAUUUGUGCUUUGCAAGACUUAUUGUCCGCCACUUCAAUAUGUGCCAAAUAUUGAUAAGUCAUUACUGGGUUCGCCAGAGCUGCUUGACUCACCCCAUCCACGUUUCCCUUUCAAAGCUUGUGGGAAUCAGAUUAGUUAUGAUUCUGAUACUACUUAUCCAUUACAGCUUGAAGAUUCAACGUCAUAUGAAUACAGGGAGCCAGAACAGGCACCUAUAUCGCCACCAUAUGCCCACUUCUUGAGUCUACAGCAUAAUCACAAAAUUCGCACUCUCCAUUAGCAUACUGCUACAAGCUGUGCAGUGUGUUUUGAGGUAACAUACAGGAUGGUGCAUGGAAUGAAAUGUGAUCAAAUAAAAGAUUAUUAACACCAUCCAGUGUGAUUGAUAAAUGUUGUGUUUUUUAAUCUUUCAUCCUUUACAUGUUUCGGUCAGAGCAACAAUCUUCAGGACAUAUCAGUACAUACAGAAACUAUUAUUAGUGUCGUAGGUCAUUAUCAGUACUUACAGAAACCACAAUUACAAUGUCAUAGAUAUAAAAUAUUAUAUCGUUUAACAAUUACUACGAUGUGCAUGAAUUUGUUAAAACAUUUGUAAAUUAUUAUAGUUAGUCUGUUUACUAAGUACUGUUUAGAAAACUUUUUGUUAAAAUCUCUGACCAUUUUGGUUCAUGUCUUUAUACACCCACUGGACGGCAUUAAUAAUCUUUUAUACUAUUACUAGUGUGACGGACCAUGAUGAACCAAGUCAAAUAUUUGAUAAAAAGUUGAAAUGAAAACUGUGAUGUUCAUAUAAUGGUGCAUGUGCAUAUAUCUCUGAACAUAAAGAACAGUUCAUGGAAAUCUAUCCUGUGUGGAUGACAUGCUCAGUACAAUCACCAUUCUGUAGUGCAACUUCUGAGAUGUGAGGGCUAUGUAUGUGAUCACUCAACAGCACAUAUCCUCUAUAAUUUUGUGAAACAUCUGAACACUCAAAGCCCUGAUUUGCAAUAUUGUCACUGGUCUCUUAGGAAAGAGUUGCAAGGGUUUAUGUUUGCGCUGUUGGGAUGUCACUUCUAUCCACUCAUGGCAAGCAGGCUAUCAGUGGGAAAUCACACAUGGACUAAAAGUGUUGUGCAGGAAGCCCAAAGUAAUGUUUGCUGUGUUGUGAAGAACCAUCUUGAAUGAUUCACUGUGUACUUAAUCACAAACCAGUUGAUUGUCUAGAAAAUGUUGGAGCCUCAGUAUCUCACAACUGUAUGGACCUCCAGGGCCUGUUACAGGGAUAGCUUUUGCCUUUACCUUUUUACACAAAAAAAUAUUCCAUUAUAGAUUUUUUUACAACAGCCAUUCUGAAUCAUUUUGAAUAUGGCUAAUGGAUGGAUAUCUUAACAUUUUGGAACCACUGAUUUGUGUGCUAAAGCUCAUAGCAUUCCCCUUAACUGUUAGAGUAGACUUCAGUAAGGGACACUACUUGUUGUAGAACUCUGCAGAUUGAAGCCAAUUUUAUGCUGUGGAAAUACAUAUCACUGCUGGAAUUGUACAGUCUGUACUGAGUGACGUGAAGUGUAGUAUGUCCUUGGUCUGUGUAAACCACCAGUUGUUCUGUACCACAUUUUAUAUUGUAACAUGUCAUUCAGGAUAAUAAAGAAAUUAAAUAUGUCAGCAGUA